CCAUCUACAUGUAUUUUGUGGCGGUUUGGGAGUUCUUGUUGGCAAUUUGGCAUCGCAUGAUUUAGACUUUUCUUGGUCAAAUUUCGUCGACUUGACGUUCUUUUAUUUAUAUGAUAACAUUCUACACGUCUUCGUUUCAAAUGUACGUGACAGAACGUCUCGAAGCUUGCUGAAAUUCGACGAAAUUAAUUUUGAUUAUAUUGCUGCAGAAGAGAGACACAAUCCGACAUUUACAAAAUUUGGUAUUAGUUUAUAAUACUGAUUGGAAGGAUUUUUCUCAAAAUGCCUGCUGUCAAAGGAGAAGGAAUGCGCGGACUGUCUGUUUUUAUAUCCGACAUCAGGAAUUGUAAGUAUAACUUCAAUUGACAAUUUUCACAAUUUCAACGUCCUUCGAUCUUGUAGUAUAUUUGUAGUAACCUAUAUAGAAUGAGUGAUCGUGUCCAUAUACUAUUGCCAUUUGAGUUCGUAUUUAUUGAAAUCAUCUCAAUUCUUCUUCAGGCAAAUCAAAGGAAUCGGAGCUGAAAAGAAUCAAUAAAGAACUUGCGAAUAUAAGAUCCAAAUUUAAAGGUUUGUUUUUAAUAGCAUUUGGGUGCUGACGAAUUGAUAUUUCCUCGUUAUAAGUGUCGGCACGUUCAGACUUGAAGCAUUAAAACUGAAUUCUCGUUUACAUUUAUAGUACCUAGUCGUAUUAUAAAUGUUUGCACAGUCAUAGGGACGCUUAUACGAUGAGCUAUAAAGAAUGUUGAAUUAUACAGUCAACGUUUGAUUUCAUAUUGUAAAAAAUAUGUUUUUUCAAAUCUCACAUAUGGGCAUUGUGUAAUAUUUAAUAUAGUUGGUUUCAAAUUAAUUCUACAUGAAUCUAAUUUGGCAACAUUUGAAAUUUCACAAGAUAUUAGAAACAAGAUUAUGAAAUAAGAUGUAUUCCUGGUUUCCUAACAAUAUGAAAUAGAUCAGAUGUAAAGUCAUGUCAGCAUAUAAAUAUUCAUACAAAAAUAUGCACAAAAAAAGCUCAUUUGUGACACAGCUCAGGGUUUGAAAUAGUGGCUACUUAAAUUAAGGAGAAGCAGUCGAGAUGCCCAGUUUGUGGGGUACGACAAGACUCAAUGCGAUCUAAUGCAUGCAAAAUAAUUUAGUGUCUUGUGGAUAGACAGGUAUCUUAAAUCUUCACUCUCAUUUACCGUAAUUCUCAUUAAAUUAAUUAAGCUGCAAGCUGCAAUAUGCCCAAAUGCAUCCAUUUGUCUAAAUGUCAGACAAUUUUACUUAUCAAGGGGGGAGUCUUUAAUAGGUUAUUAAGCUUUGCCAAAUAUGGUAGUGCCAAUAAAAAUUUUGACAUUUCGAGUGAAGGCCCCCAAAGUGCCGUUGCUUGAAACUUCGAAGGUAUUUGCUUCGCUAUCAACAAAAACCUGUACUUACACCAAAUACUUACAGUCAAACCUGAUGUUUGCUUGCGAGCAACAUUGCAAUAUUGUCUCAAAAUAUUGCAAUUAUGAUAGGCAGAUUGCAAUUUGCAAGUGAUGCGAACAAACUGCAAGUUGAAAUUCACAAAAGAUUUGUAAACAAAGUCUCUGAUUGGAUUAUAAGAAAAAGGGAAGCUCCAAUCCAGUUGCUCAGACUAUUUGAUUGGCUUUACUUUUUGCUAACAGUCCAAUCAGAGACUUUGUUUACAAAUCUUUUGUGAACUUCAACUUGCAAUUUGUUUGCGUCACUGGCAAAUUGCUCAGAGCAAUCUGCCUAUCGUAUUUGCAAUAUUGUGGGACAAUAUUGCAAUGUUGCGUGCAAGAGAACAUCUGGUUUGACUGUAACAUUAACAUAAACAAUAAAUACGCAAAUGGCAGGCACGCCAAUUGUUCAAUAACACAAACAAACAUUUUAAUUGAAAACAACACAAAUUUCCACAUGAGAAACUACAAGAUUUAUUACAUGUCACACAAACUGAUUUCCACAUUUGUGGGUUCUCUGCAUUCAGCAUUGUAAAUGUUUGCUAGAGCCAAUUAAUCAAAUUGAAUACAAUGUCUUAGGCCAAAUAAUGUGGAUUAUAUUUAUUUUAUAUGCGUAGAACACAGGGUCUUAGCUAGGAUUUUAGAUCUUGGGCGUGUUUCGACAUGACCAGGGUGUGCACAUGUCAAUUACCUUGGAUAGCCAAAUUCACGGUUCUAGUUAUGCUCGCCAACAACAGACAAUGCGUGUGGUUGUUCUAUGCUUUGCAACCAAAUACAAGGCGAGCAUCCACUCAUAUUGCGCACUGACAUUAAAAUAUUAAGUUAUUUUAGCAACUCUUGGGCCCAGAAUCUUGGGGGUGUAUUUAAAACCAUUUUAACACCAUAAGGUUCCCAUUACCCAUCAAAACGUUAAAACACCAUGGAUAAGUUUUGCCAAUUUCAACAACUACAGUAGAUUUUACAAACUUUCUUAUGACGUAAAUAGGAAGAAAUUCUGUCUGUUGUAAGCAGUAACACCUUACUUUAUGAACCUAAACGGCCUUAUAUAAAUAAUGAAGCCGCAUUUAUUUUAUCUAGCCGUGUUUUUCCAUUUUUGGCUGCAAUAACACGGCCCUCUAGCUAAGAGCCUAGUAGAACAUACAAUAUGAGUCAUUAUAUUAAAGGAACAAGCUUUCGUUUGUAGGGAUGCAACUACCUGAAAAUAUAUAUGGUGAAUUUUGAAUUCGCCUUAUACUGUAUAUGUCAUCUAAAAUUAAAGGAUGGUUUUCAUCAGUUGGCGAAUGUUGAUUCUGUUUAAUUGCCUGUUGUAAUUCAUCCAUGACUGUCCCAAUAAAUAAAAAAGUGUUUACGACUGUGUGCAGUAGUUGCAGGCACUCUGCGAUAAUAAAACAAAUUAAAACUUUUUUACAACUAAAUUUUACAAUUCCCUGGAUACUCUGAAAGCAUGAGUUAGUCUUAUCAGACUAUGGUCUGUGGUUCCUAGUCUGAGUUGGUAGGUAAUGUUUCAGAUUUCAAGUAGAUGAUGUUUGGGCUAUGUUUGGUGUUAGGUUUUGUGGUUGUUGAAGUCAUGUUUUCAAUGUAUUUAUUGACUAUAGCACCACAGGUUGUUAAAGUAGCUGGUAACGCGAAGUUGCUCCUAAAUGCAAGAUAACAUUAUAAAGAAUAAUUAGAGGAAUGUUGCUGGAAAUAAUCAUGCAACCUCAGCAGCACAGGCUACAUUGAGUAGCAGUACUCUCCCCCCUGAUGAGUAAAAUCAUCUGUUGUUAGACAGAGUAAAAUAAUAAAGUAGGGUGCAUUGCCACUUACAGAUUAACCCAUUAAGCUGCAGAGCUUCCCCAUUGACAAGUAAAAUCGUCUGGCGUUAGACAAGUAAAAAAAAAGUAGGGCGCACUGGGGCGUAUUGCGGCUCAAUGGGUUAACUAAGAGACAUUGUCAGAUUUCUUGGUUAACCCAUUAGGCUGCAGAGCUUUCCCAUUGACGAGUAAAUUUGUCUGGCAUUUAUAGACAAGUAAGAAUUUUACUAAGAAAAAAAGUAGGGUGCACUGGGGUGUAUGGGUUAAAAGAAAUACACAAAUAUUCUCCUAAAUUGGCAUGUGAAUAACACUUUUGUAAACAAUGUUGUUAAUUUGUCUGUUUUUCUUCCCUUUUAUCCUGUAGGCAAUUCCAGCUUUUAAUUUAUGCAUGCAGGGGGGAUGGGAGUAUGGUAUCAUAUUGCUUAUAUUGCUGAAAAAAUAAAAAUGGUGGUUGUUUAAACACAGAGUGAUAGCUUAUAUUUGAAUAUAUUGAAAUAUUUUGGUUGUUUCGGCAGUUUUUAUUGAAAUUUUUCAGGAUAAUCAGCAAUAUGAUACCGUACUGUACUCCCCAUUCCCCCUGCGCACAUAAAUUAAAAGCUGGAAUUGCCUAUAUUGGAUAGGAACUUCCAGACAUUCCUCAAAAUCUUGAAGAAUUCUUUGAGGUUUGCAAAUGAACUGAUCAAUAUUUUUUCUGAAUGCUUGGCACAAAUUUGUAAGAGACACAUUUUUUUAAGGAAAAAGAAUUGCCACGCAUUUAGAAAGACCAGAUAUCAACUUGUGAAUGUAAAUUACAGCGCAAUAUAUUACUCAGUUGAAGUAAUGACAAACCAAAGGAUUUUAAAUCAUGGCUUUCGUACGAUGAAAAUGUGAAAUGACAUGUUUUAAAUCUACUCGGGAAGGUAUAUCCAUAUACUACCAGGUGUCCCAAAAAAAAACUUGCGCUGUUUGAUUUAAUGUAACAUAAAAACUAUAAAAGCUAUUGCACUGAAAUAAGUUUUAUUGUAUUCAGCAAGAGUUAACUUAGAUUUUGAUAUACAACAUUUGAAUGUCCGUGCAACAUUUACUGAGCCAUCAACGUUUUAAAUUGAAAAACAUAUUUGACAAUUUUAAAAAUUUGCAUACAAUUGCCUGUCAAAUAUUAUUUGGUUAACCUUGAUAUAUAGUUUUAUUGUGGGCAAGAGAACGAAUGAAAAACAUAAUUGUUAGAUAACAAAUUUAUUCAUUCGUCUUAGAAAGUAUGUCCUUUUUCACGUAUACAAUGUCUUGCACGGGAAACCAUAGAACCCAAACUCUUUGAUCUUGUGUUAAUCGCCGACACCCUUGUAAGCCUGGACACACACAUCUGGUCCCAAUGUUAAUAAAAUACUAUUAUUGUAACUGCUACUAAACAGAUACCUUUUUUAAAGAGUCACAUUGCAUUGGCUUAAUUACAGUAGCCAUUCCAUAGUUGAUGAGUGGACUGGGGAUGAGGGUUAAAAAGUGCCCAAAUUAAGAAAUGAACCAAAUCACUAAAAAGACCACAACAAAAUUAGCAAGCAUACCAAGUUUGAAGACGUUUACAUGAAUACCCUACGAAUAAUAAGCUUUCGAAAAUUGUGAAAUUACUGAUUAAAGAUUGUUUUUGGGACGCGCGUCCCCCAAAACCAAAAAUUACAAUACAUUUCAUAGUAAAUAUCGCGAUUUUCGAAAGCUUAUUAUCCGAAGGGUAUUCAUGUAAACGUCUUCAAACUUCGUAUACUUACUAAUUUUGAGGUGGUCUUUUUAGUGAUUUGGUUCAUUUCUUAAUUUGGGCAUUUUUUAACACUCGUCCCAAUCCUCUCAUCAACUUCGGAAUGGCUAAUAAGGGUAGAGUUUUAUCUCAGACUAAAAGUAUUUCAUGCGCUGAAACAUGAGGUACUAAUAACUGUAUUUGUAUUAGCUAAUCAUACAGUCAGAGUGAUUUGUCCAACGCAAUCUCUGCCACCUUUGUUAAAUGCCUAACAAUAACAUAACAUUUCUCAUGCAAUUGUUGGAAUAUACACUGACGUCAGCCAUGAAACAAAACAUUUAGCAACUUUUUAACCUGAUGUUUGUGAUGUUACUCUGAGUGUAUAUCUUGAAAAAUAUGCCCGGCCACGGUGGGAAUCGAACCUACGACCUUUGGAACACCAGCCCAAUGUUCUGCCAACUGAGCUACGCGGUCAGGUCGGUUCGAGUAAGUGAUAUUUCGGAACAGAAUCUAGUUCCUUCGAUACCAAUGUAAUCUUGUAAUAUGAUUUUUUCUGUGUUGGUGUUGUGUACUCAGGUACACAACGCCAACACAGAAAAAACUUUUUAAACUAUUGAGUGGAAGUGCUCUCUCCUUGAUGAGUAAAAUUGGCAUUUGACAGAGUAAAAUGAUGAAGUAGAACACAUCAGGGCACAAUGUAGUCCAGUCCCAGACCCUCUUCUGGCCGCACGGCGCGGCGGAGGAGGGUUCAGAAGAAUUUGCAUGCGCAUGCGUCAACUUGUCCUAUCAAAACACUCGCGAUUGACUUCCGGAAAAGGGAAAACCCUUACACCUGUUCAACGCGCGCUAAAACGUAAACAUCUCAAAGAAAUAUAAAAUAUCGAUGUCGAAUAUACAAGGGACUCUGUCGGCCCGCUAGGAGAAAUGUACUGUUCAAUGCAGAAGAUGAAUAUAUACCAAAGCGAUUCUCUCUUUUAUAAAGGCAUAUAGUUUGUCCAUCAGACGAGAUAAGCCUCAACUGGACUGUCUCGCCGUUGCUCCCGAAAUUGCACUAGAAAUAAUGCAAAUAGGGCCGUAGAAAACUAAACGUUAUAAAGAAAAUAUUAGGCCCCGAGAGAAAAGAAAAACAAUACAAGUCUCGCCAAAUUCGAUUAGAUAUCCACCAUCGAAAACAGCGCGUGUUGACGAAAGAAAUUGUCGAUUUUCAGCCAGAUCAUUGCAGUUUUCCAACGACAAAGAUAUUUAAAUGUUGACCCGAACGUUUGUGUUCCAUACGUUGCGACUAUUUUAACAAACAUGCAAAACUGCUGUAAAUCGGUGUUUAAAAUAUUGCUGGUAUGAUAUACAAAAGAUGUUCAAGUCGCAUAUACUAUUGUUAUAAUUAGAAAGUAUAAAUUUGUCAAUUAUAGCACGAUAAUUAGGAUCGGUGAGUUUGACACUAGGUAUUCCUUGUUCGGCCAUUAAAAACAACAACAGAUGACUGGCAAUCGUUGUCAGGUGAUGAUCACAAAGCAUCGCAAACAUUCAUCUUUACCGCGGGAUAUGUAUAGUAGAUCUAUUGCUUAUAUUGUUGUAUUUGAGCCAAAGUAUAUGUUACUACACUUAAUUUGCCUCUUUAAGUAUUCCUAUUUCUCUCAAACAGCCCUUAAGUAAAAAUACUGUGCUGAGUGGUUAUAUUACUACCUUAAAAAAUAAGCAGAAACUCGACGUUUCGAGCGAAGGCCCUUCGUCAAGAGUUAGGGCCUUCGCUCGAAACGUCGAGUUUCUGCUUAUUUUUUAAGGUAGUAAUAUAACCACUCAGCACAGCAUUUUCACAUUGGUACUACCAACACUGGUACAGACAGCUUAAGUAAAAAUAGUCCGCGAAUUCAAAUAAAACACCUCAAAUAAUAUCGAACAAAUUAACUGUUGCCGUAGUCAUGCACCGUGAAAAUGAUGCAAAUCACGUACCAGUUUCAACAACUACGGCAUUGCACAACGCUUAAGACCAUGUAACUUUACAUUCGCCUUUGUCUUUGAGGAUCAAUGCUAUUGUUGAUGACCAUGUUGCCGUUGUAUUUGCCAAACUCUCUACUCUUCCAUUGCGACGGCUACUUUCUCUUUUGUAAGUAACUAUAAGUUCUGUUAAAAUGUUAAAGUGUUUACAAAAUGUUUUGUGAGCAAACAUUCAAGUGUGUAUUUCCCCUGGACUAUUUCGUCGAAACAUAGCCACGGUCACAGGUUAGAAGCUUUGAUACGUCUCUUGCGCGUUGAGGACAGGCUCAGAGGUUUUCGUGGUAGCGGUUUCUAACAGAUUGUACUUUGUCUUUAUGUACAGUAAGAUGUCACAUUCGUCUUCAAGAACAAAAACAAAAUGGCGGAAACACGACAACGAAAGCUAGCGGUGAAACCACUGUAUCAACGAAUUUUCUGCCAAAAAUAUGGAGAAAUUUCUUCUCAGUCAGCACUGCACGAGUAUCCGAAUUUUGCUUCGACAUUGUGUAUUUUCCUUAUAGUAAACAGAGCUUAGCGACCUGGCGACCACCACAUAUAUGUGGUGGUAGUUGACGCAUGCGCAUGCAACUUCUUCUGGACCCUCCUUCCCCUCCGCGCCGUGCGGCCAGAAGAGGGUUUGGGACUGGACUAGGCACAAUGCAGCUUAAUGGGUUAAUCAGUAUUUCAAGAAAAAACUGUCAAAUUUGGCAACAAUCAGCAGGGAAGAUGUUGUAUUUAUGUAAUUUCAAUCCAUUUCAGGAGAUAAACAGCUUGAUGGUUAUCAGAAGAAGAAAUAUGUAUGCAAAUUGUUAUUUAUAUUUUUGCUUGGACAUGACAUUGAUUUUGGCCACAUGGAGGCUGUGAACUUGUUAUCAUCUAAUAAGUACACAGAGAAACAAAUUGUAAGUGAUAUUUCACUUUUCAUUAUUUACCGAUUUGCCAUAUCUUGCUUAGUUUUUGAAAUAUUUAGACCGAAAUUAAUAAGCUGUUCGCCAUCUUGACCUCAUUCUUGGCCUCGUUAAAUAUGGUUUUGAUGACGUAGGAGUUGGGUUAACCAUAUCAAACUACUCUAAAAUGACCGAGUAACAAUUUUGAAAUGUUUUUAAUCAUUUCUAAAUUUCAGACGGCAACCAGAAAAAACGACGUUUUGGACCCAUAUUGAUCGCUUACUCUCGAGAUAAAAAAUAGCGUGACCCCUCUCUUGACGUAAUAUGCAUAUCCUCAAUAAUCCAAGAUGGCGCACAGCUCACUUUUUUCAGUCGAAAUAUUUUGAAAACUAAACAAGAUAUAAACAAUCUGCAAUAGAAUGCUUGUGAUGUUGCUCUGAGUGUAUAUCCACACCGGGCAAGCUUGAAAAAUAUGCCUGACCACGGUGGCUUGCCAGGUGUGGAUAUACACUCAGAGUAACAUCACAAGCAUCAUACUCACCUGAGUACAUUACACCAACACAGAAAAAAUCUGUAAAAGAGUUUAAUAUAUAGUUGUAAGAGUUCUUUCAAAUGAACUGAACUCAUUUUUAUUGCCAAUCUCCUUUAAGUAAAUUUAAGACUGAUCAAAUAUUAGUACCAUUUCAUUUAGGUGCAAAUAAAGUAUUUACGUUUGUUAACAAUAGAUAAAAUAUUAAUUUAUUUCAAUUGUAUUUGCAUUGGUAGGGCUACCUAUUCAUCUCAGUUUUAAUAAGUGCAAACAGUGAUCUAAUGCGUCUCAUAAUCCAAAACAUCAAGAAUGAUUUAGCUAAUCGUAAUCCAGUACAUGUCAACCUAGCUUUACAAUGUAUUGCAAAUAUUGGAAAUACUGAGAUGGUAGAGGCGUUCAGUGGCGAGGUGCCCAAAUUAAUAAUAUCUGGAGAAACAUCUGACAGCGUGAAACAAUGUGCGGCCUUGUGUCUGUUGCAUUUGUAUCGGAUCAAAAAAGAGGUUCUUCACCAAGCUGACUGGACAUCAAGGAUUGUGCAAUUGUUAAAUGACAAACAUCUGGUAUGGAUUUUAUUUCUAUCAUUGUAUACUAAUGCUGUAGGCCUACUAUAUGCUCGAUAUCAUAUAGAUGGAGCAGGUAUUUAGUUUGUUUUACCUCAAAAGGUUGCCACAACAGCCUGUUUUAUCCGAGAGGAAUGUUUCAUCAGAGCAUCUGAUGAUUCUUGUUGGGUGAAUGUUGGUUCUUCUUGGCUGUUGUUAUUACCUCUGGGGCCGGUUGUUCAAAGGUGGAUUAGCACUAACCCAGGGUUAAAAUUUAACCCGCUGUUUUAGUUUGCAUAUUUCCGCAUGUCCAUUUAUUUCAAAAUGUCAGAAAAGAAAACUCCUAUGAUCCAGACAUGAUUUGUGAAGAAAUGUUUCCAAAUUUAAAAAGAAGCUGUUGGGAAGUGUACUUUGAAUUUUAAGUUAACCUAGGGUUAAGCUAAUCGGCUUUUGAACAACCGGCCCCUGACGUGUAACCUGUAACCUGACAGGUGACUGCAGUUUAACGUUUGAAGUAAACAUUUUAAUCCUCAAUCUUAAGGUCUUCAAUAUUUCCCUCGGGAAAUCCACCGCCACGAAACGUUCUGUUUCCCCUUUCCCAGUUCAUACGUUUUAAAACAUAAAAAUACAUAAAAAAGAUUCGGAAGCGUGGGUUUUGCCACAGUCAAAUCAUGCUGAGACGUUUUGAUGAUGUUAUUUCGAGUUUAAACUUGGCUAGUGGACUUGACAUAGGAGAACAUAGUUUAUUAUAUUUAUCGCAUGGUUUAUUAUAUUAUAUUUACUUUGUUUUUACGUGGCCAUUUUGAAUACUUAAUUAUUAGAUCAGUGACGUUCUGAAAAGGCACAUGCAUGGUUACGGGUAAGACAGUCUUCACAAUGUUUGCUUUUAUAGUGUUUAAUUAUUGUUUUUAUUGUACUGUUUAGGGCGUGGUUACUUCUGCAACUAGUCUUAUUCAUUCACUUGUUCAACGUAGUCCAGAUGAAUUUCAAGGAUGUGUUCAAGUUGCUGUGGGACGCUUAAGCAGAGUAUGUAUAAAAAUAAAUACUGUAAGCUAAGUGUUUGAGACAAAAUUACAAUACGUAAUUUGAAAUUUCGUGGUUUCACCAAACGUGAAAUUUCGCUCUUGUUAUUUUUUCAAUAACCACAAGCAAUAAAUGAACUGCCAGUAAAUGAUGUUUUAGUUGCUGUAUAGGUUUACUGAGUGUAUUGCUUUUUUGAUAUUUUAUAUUAUACCAUAUUAUACCGAAAGUUAAAGAACCCACUAAGUUGAGAAUAAACUUGCUGAAUAACUAAGCAAACAAUGUUUAAUUUCUUAUUUAUACCUGAGUUUUUGGCGUUUUCUCUUUAAAAUAUUUGAGCCUCUAUCCUUUGGAUCAUUGAAGGCAACAUACCUCUUGAAAAUCUUUGGUUAAAUCAAUAAAUCUACGAAAUUACAAACAACAUCUCACGAACGCCAUAUUGUUUCAGCGCGUGGUGUCCACGCGUCACAUGCACGUGAGCGUGAAAUACCAUAAUAUCGUGCGGUAGAUCUACCGUGAGAUAUAAUAUCUCACGCUGCAUUGCGAAAUCAUGAAUUUGAGUGAAAUACCGUGAAAAAUCACAUCAAGUGGUACAAAUGCUGUUGAAUUUGAGGUAUAAUAUUAAUGUGUAGUAGCAUAGGAGGGAAAGCGUUUUUUAUUUCUUAGUUAUAAUUACAUUAUUAGUGUCGUUGUAUUGUCGUUUAGAUCGUGACAGCAUCGUACACAGAUCUGCAGGACUACACAUACUACUUUGUACCAGCACCUUGGCUUUGUGUGAAACUUCUUAAAUUACUACAGCUUUAUCCACCUCCAGGUUAGAAGUUCUUAGUUGUUUUAUCUUACAUUUGUAAAUAUUUCUGCAGGGUUAACUGCUGGAAAUCACCAUACACAAUAGACAAUUCCCACUAUAGACUAAUUUUAAAACUAGGUAAGGAGAUACAAAUAAAUCACCACAGCUAGAAAGGGCACACUAAAAUGAGUAAAAUUGCAGAGAUUGGUCGCGAAAUGUUGUAAAACGCGGAAAAUAUAGCCUUGCAAAGUUCACAAAUUUUGUAUACUUUUGUAUUGCGUUGCGGAAAUUGUUCCCAUUUUUCAGUGCAGUUAAUCCCAAACAGCAGUGCAAUUUUCUGUAAUCAGAGUGCAAUUUUCUGUAAUCAUAGUGCAAUUUUCUGUAAUCAUAGUGCAAUUUUCUGUAAUCACAGUGCAAAAAUCUGUAACAAACUGAUCUGAUUGGUGGAAAAACAUUGUGAUGAUUAAAUCAACCAAUCAGUUUAAAGCAAUUUAGUGUAAAGAAGUAACGGUCACAGAUUGCUCGAAAACAAAACAAACAUGGCGCCGCGCUACACAAUGUAAAAGUUGCCUUCACGUGUAAAAUAUGGCUUUUAUCUUUAUUUUUAAAUGGAAAAGCAUUUACCUUAAACGAGACUAACAAAAAUUACAUAGUUGAGUGGAAUUUUCAAGCUGUUAGCAUUGUAUAAUGUGAUAUAAGUAACAAAGCCAGGAAAGCUUGGCCAGUGGAAUGUUCGUUAUAAACGCGUAAGUUAGUAAAACUACAAUUGUCUCGAACAUUUUUAUGUAAAUUAUUAAUAAGUAGUACUGUAGCAUGGUUUCUCGUGAAAUUUGGAUAAACAUGCAGUCGUGAGUUUUUCAAAAACCCAAAUAGCACUCGUCCUUCGGACUCGUUCUAUUUUGAGGUCUUUGAAAAACUCGCUCGUGCAUGUUAUAUCCAAAUUGAACUCGAAACCAUGCUAUUACCUAUACAUAUGUGGCAUGCAAUGUUUAACUACUUUUCCUUGUGUUACUGAAUGAUUUAGUUGAUGAUCCUGCGACAUUAGGAAGAUUAAAUGAAGCUCUAGAAGCCAUUCUCAAUAAAGCACAGGUUGGUAAAGAAUUGGUGAAUUAUUGAAAUGUGCACAAACAGAGUCAUUUGUGGGCCCAUUCAUUUUUAACUUUGAAAUAUGCUGGCUGUGAAAAUGUGUUAAUCAUCUUGCUCUGGCUCAAUCGCUUAUGUUGAUUUUGAUAAAUGAGCAUCCCAAUAGUGAUUAAACAUUUAAAUGCGUUUUCCCCAAGAAUGUAAAUUUGCUUAAAGCAUUGUUACUACCAAAUAUGAAAGGUGAAAUACUAUUCUUUAUUAUAUGGCAAGCAUCACUUCCGGUGAAAUGGCGGACUGUGAUUGGCUGAGAAGCACUUUCAGCGGUCCAUUAUUUCCCCGUAAUGGACCGGCUGUCCAUUAGUAAAAGCAGACGCAUGCAUUUUAAAACAAAACAGCAAAACUAUAAAUCAGCGGUGGAUCAAGGUUUUUCUAGGGGGGUGCUGGGUGAGCCGCCGAGUGUUCCUUUAUAAUUCUUAGGGGGUGGAGGGAGAGCAUUCAAAUGAAUUGGCUUCCUAACGGCUCGAGCACCGAAGGCGCAAGCUCCCUAGGGGUCCAGGGGCAUGCUCCCGGAAAAUUUUGAAAAUUAGAACCCUAGAAAUGCCAUUUGCUGCGACAUGGGGAUUGAAUUAUGAGCUUCAGUUUGAAUUCAAAAAAGGAAAAACCUUCGAAAUUAUACCAUAUUUCUGAAUUUGAUUUUUUUGCGCCCCCUUGCACCCCUGUUGACCAAGGCCAACAGGGGUGCGCACCCCUGUGCACCCCCCUAUAAAUCCACUCUUAAAUUGAAAUCUGAAAAUUAUAAUUUAAUUUGUUAUUAAUAAGAUAUUUGCGAAUGGAAAAGAAAAGAAACAUUGAUACUUUUUGUUUUCUUCGACCAAAUGUGUACCACGCUACUGAUAUGCAUUUCAAAUAAUGCAUUUCUUGUUUGUUUCAAAUAUAAAUGCCUAUAUAAAUGCCAUGUAAUAAUCUUUUUAUUGCUUGCUCGGUAUGUACAGAGAAAUAUCGGACCUCGGUCUUUUUGUACAAACCUCGCCCUACGGGCUCGGUCUCAUAUUGUGGGGGCAGAUGCAGCAUGGACUCGUGAUUGUUCCCUAAUUAUGGACAUCCGAAAUAAUAUAUGCAUCCUCUUCGCAUAGCCAUAUAUAGCUUUAGCCGGAUUUUUUCGUUAUAGGAACCACCGAAAUCAAAGAAAGUUCAGCAUUCAAACGCCAAAAAUGCAGUAUUAUUCGAAGCGAUCAGUUUGAUAAUUCACAUGGAUUGGUAAGGAAGAAGCUUAGUUUAUUUGUAAGGCGAGAUCUAUCAGUGCUUCUGGGAUGUGUACAUGCAUGUAGAACUGAAGAAAGACCUGAAUCUUGCUAUUAUUCGUGGUCCCAUAGACAAAAGUUCUUAAUGCCUAUCCUUGCUGUGCCAGUUUCGUUGUCGCCGCCAUGUUUGGUAAAUGUGACAAAAGACUUUCCUACUUUGCAAUUUUAAUUUCAUCUAGCGAAAAUCUCUUUGUCUUUUGAAUCCCUUGAGAAUAGUUCACAAUAUUGAGUUUUUAUUUUUUAAUUUCCUGUUCCAAGUGUUUCACAAAAUAUUAAAACCCCGUCUCGAUCCUUGUCAAAACUGAAGUGUUUUCAUUUGCAUUCAUGCAGUGUGUUUCCAUGUCACGUUUUCUGUUUGUAGCGAACAAAGUUUACUUAUACGGGCUUGCAACCAGCUUGGACAAUUUUUAACCCACAAAGAAACAAAUUUAAGGUAAAAUACUAAUGUGUAGCUAUAAUUAGUGCAUCGAAAUAGUUCGAUAUAGAAUCAGCCUUUCUCGCGCCAUGCAACCUGGCCUAGCUCACAGCUUUUGGGUUGCAAACCGCACCAGGAGGUCGGACAGUAGACUGUAACAAACGAAGGAGUGAAUGAGUGAAGUAAAAACACAGUACUAUUGUUUAUAAUCACUAGUUACAGUACUUAAUAUGUACAUGGAAACAUUUCUCAAUUCUGAUGGGCUAAGAGCAGUGCAAUUAUUUCGAAAUACAGUGCCAAAAAAUGAAAUACAGUGCAAAUUUCUUAAUUUUUUAUUUUUCAAAUUUCUUAAUUUUCUUAAAAUAUCAUUAAAAAUUCAUAAACCUUGUGGCAAAUCAUGUCAGCCAUAACAUGUCACGUGGAGUGACUUUAUAUCUGAUAAAACUCAUCUUCAUUAGUAUUCUUUAUAUAAUUGUUCAUCCUAAUUAGUAUUCUUUUGUAGUCGUAUUUUAAGCUAUUCAAAACACUCGAACUCGCGUUUUAUCAUAUCUAAAACGCUCGGCUGCGCCUUGCGUUUUAAAUAUGAUAAAACACUCCUUCUCGUGUUUUAAAUACUACUUAAUUUCUAAAUGUGACUUAUGCACGUGACUGCAUAAUUUUUAGUCGCUGGGCAGAGCCUGCAGCGACUCUAGGUUUCGGCACGCAUUUGUGUCGGAUCUUGGAUCGUUAGCCACAAAAUGACAAUUACGUCAUUAAUAAAAAAUAAAAAUUACGUCAUUACUAUUCGUCGCUGAAUUCAAGAUGGCCGCUUACUACAAGCGAAUGGUAUUAUCGAUUUUGUACAUAUUUUUUUAUUUUUCCGAUGAACCUUAAAAGUUUUCCGAUGAAACAGUCUUUAUAAAGCGAAAGUCAUUUUAUGUGAGUAAACUUGGAAGGCUACAAGCUUGAAAUAGAGGACAAAAGUUCACAAUUUUCAAUUUUACAAAGUUGGAACGGGCCACAACCUUUGUAAAUCGCAACAAUAAUAUUCGCAAACUGCUGUUUAUUUGGGUGCUUUUUUUACGGCUGUUGAUGCAAAUAAUCCUGUUACGGAUAGGUGGUCAAAAGAACAUGGUGUAGCCUAACAAGACCGAAAUACAACCACAGUGAUCACCAUUCAUCACUACCUGUGUGAAAUUUAAACUUUGCCGCUAGGUGUCAGGCUUUUAAAUCUGUAAUAUUUCAGUCAUUUUAUGAUCAAUGUAUUGUGUUUCUAACGCCGAACGGGAAAAUGUUGGAGCCACAGUAAUAGACUCUUUCAAGGUCAAGAUGCCAUAAUGAAACACGAAGUGUGAGGGCUGCAAACACAAUGGAAAUUCCUACUAGUAAAUUUGCAAGAUUGUAUAAACACAAUGGUGAAAACAAUAAAGCCUGCUACUGAAAUAAAGCCUGCUACUGAGGUCAGUAAAAAGGAUUGAUGCACAUGAUUCGUACGCAAAAUUCCCAUUGGUCAGAAAUAAAUACAGUAGCUUUGUUUUUAAGGUAAUGCCAAAUUGUUGUUUAUGUAAUAAUAUUCCGUGCUUGUAAUUGUACUUUAACUACUUUUGGGCGUGUUAAUGACUGCCUUUGCUGCAGUCAAUAACAGUUAUUAUUAUUAUUAUUAUUUAAUAUGUAAUUCCUGGCCAUUCGAUGAAAAUUGGAAUAUUUAGUUUUGAGAUAUUGGUGAAAAAGUUGGCCGUUAUUGUCAUAUUUUAAAUUAGCUUUGAUAAUCUAAUGUAUCAAUUAAUUCCAGCAGUUCCCACCCCUGGGCCUUUGCAGCUUUUCCUAAUAACGGGGGUGGGGCUAUUGCCGAUAUUUUUUAGCCCUGGGGUGAGGAUUUUGACAUUUUCCAUCAUGGGGGAUUUCGUAGAUUUGCUGGAAAACUGAUAUUUAAUUUGAUUGCAAAUGGCUUGUGGACAUAGCCAUUUUCUUCCCAGAAAUGGCUAAUACCUCGGGGAGAUGGGCACUGCUGGAAUUGACUGAUACGUAAUUAACAAUCGCCAUUUUGAUUGGUUGUUAUUUUUGUGCAUCCCAAUCACUGUCCACUUUUUAUUGACUUCAGUAACAGGCUUACCCUGUGGGCAAAGUCCUCUCGUAUUUCUUCUCAGCACGAGAGAGACUCUGCAGAACUUGUGUAUAUUCUUUGUGGAGCCAACAAUCCAAAAACUUGGAUAAUUAUGAGUAAUUUCAGGUUUGAUACCAGUUUUAUAGCCGGUUUUGAUCCGAACCGGAAACUACUUAUUAAAUCUUCUUCUGGGAAAUAGGCAGUUGCUUAGCAACCUUUGCGCAUGCUCAAAUGAAUUUAUACACAAGUUCUGAAGAGUCUCUCUCGCUUCUCCGUGCCGUGCCAAGAAGAAAUACGAGAGGACUUUGCUCACAGGGUAUAACAGGCUCUAUUUCAAGCAUCGAGCCUGACACGCAAGCUACCUUCAAAGGGCCUAUUUGGCAACUUCUGUUGUGGUUACCCAGCCUGAGGCAAAAGUAAUAAAUUUUGAAUUGUUAUAAAUGUUCUGUGAAGUGCACAUAUUUUUCCUGCAGUUAGGGACCAGUCCUUAUUUAUGGAAGAGGGAGGGGGAGGCAAAAGGUGGGGCCAUGACCCCAUGAGUAUAAAUAAUUUACUAGAAGGGGGGGCAUUAAAUUUUUUGAGAAAAUCAGUUGAAGGGUCAAAAUGUGGAGUUGCAAUAAAUUUGUUUAAGCCUGGUUUCCAGUGUCCUCGAAGUUGGCCUAAGCCAGAUAAAUCCAAUAAAUGAUAUCAACCUCAUACCCAGGGCUUCUGCGCUUAUACACUGCUCUCAGAAGAAAGAGCAAUAAGCGCAGAAGCCCUGCGCAGAAGACCUUAUUUUAAUAGCCCCAGCGACUAAACGCUCAACAGAGCGUCUUGUUUCAUGUAUAUUAUCCCCGAGCCAACGCCGUUCCGGGUGUAAGCCUGGGGCGAGGGUACUAAUUCCGCCCGGCUAUUUACACCCGGGAAAACGAAAGCAUUAGCGAAGUCUGAAGUUCAUCAAUGAUCGCGGGCGUGGGUCACUGUGCGCGUUGAGAGGGUGGUCAUCCUCAUUGAUCUCAAAAAUAUGGCGGACUGUCAUGAAUAGCGAACGCUGAUUGGUCAAAUUUAAAAUUUGCAUUAUAACGACUACAUGACCACAGCGAAUAGCAAACAUUUCUUGAUUUGAUGAUUUCUUACAAAUAUAUUUCAUUUUUGCAAGAUUUUGUAAAUUUCAAAAGUUUUUAAGAAAAUAAAGGGGAAAGAAUUGCUAAAAGAAGGGAGUAAAGGCGCCGACGUUAACGAAGAUAAGUUUGUUUUAAAUAUAGAUGUAUUGUUCGCUUUAUAAUUGCUUUAUUGUCGAUUUCAGGUAACUUUUCAACACGCUGUUCUCAAGUUCGUUGCGAACUUGCCAAUUACGUUGUCAAGUUCGGAAGUUGGGCGCGAACCUCGCAACGAAGUUCGCAAGUUCAUUUCAAAGUUCGAACUUUGAUUGUAAACAAAUGUUCAUAGUUGGAGUUGAAAUUCCUGUAUAAGGCCCUAUGCACAUAUUACUGCAGUAAAAUAUUGGUCCAGUGGUCUCCCAAGACGAAAAAUACCUUUUUAAAUAAAUUUAUAAAUGAAAUUUUUACAUUUGUUUACAAUCGAAGUUCGAACUGUGAAAUGAACUUGCGAACUUCGUUGCGACAAGGCUUGGUCCAGUGGGUUGUCAAAGGCUGAUUGAUUGUAAAUUUCAUUUAAAUGACUACAUGAUAGUUAGUUGCCUAGAUCCCAAAUGAUGUGAAACUGAAAUUUUGAUUAAUAAUUUAUUUUGAGCUAUGAUGAAAUAUUUACAUAAUUGCUCAAGUUCUCGACACCAGAAAACGUUAAGUUCAUAUUUACACGUGUCCAUGCUACUGGACACUUGUAAAUUUUAACAUGUUUUUUUCGCUGUUAUAGGUAUUUAGCUUUAGAAGGACUAUGUGCGAUGUCUCAGUCAGAUUACUCUAGUGAUGCUGUAAGGAAACACCAGGAAACUAUUGUCAAGGCGUUAAAGGUCAGACCUCAGUUCUUUACAACUAUUGGCAAACUUGUUAAUAAUCUGUUCUUUAUUGUUUUUAGCUGCAGCGCAAUAUCAUUUUCAAUAGCAAUAAUCCAGUGAUUCACGAUUUUCCUGCGUUGGCGAGCAUACUGCAAACACCGGGUUUUUUACUCCGGCUCCGGCAGGAAAUUUUCAGCUCCGGCAAAUUCGUGAAAAUUCAAAACUUAAUGAAAAUUUCAAAGUGGAAGUACUGUCUUUGUUUUCGAUUUUAACACUUCGCAUGAACAUUUCGUACUAUGGUUGUAGCAAGCCGAGUACAAGGUUGUAUCAAUGCGAGUAUUUACUUUUUCUUCAAUGGAUUUAGGUUUUUUUGCCGAUGUCCGAUAGUAGUUUGCAGCACAAAGAAGUGCUGCCGGAGUUGAACAAACUCCGUCUCCGGCAAAAUAGGCAAAAACUCCGGCUCCGGCGCACAGCACCAUGCGAGGAUCUUAGCCUUGUCUUAACUAACUUCUAUUUUGAGAACGAUCUUUCACACGAGAAUAAGAAUCCGGGUGAAUUUCAGCAAAAGGAAAUACAGUCUGAAUACAGUAUGUCCCCCUGACCACUCAGUCUAUCCAUGGUUCGGGGGCUAGAGAAGAAUUUGCACCUCAAUCUGGAACAUCAAUUACAAAAUGUUGCUAGAAACGUGUAUUAGAAACUUGAAGUUUUUCUGUUUUAUAGGAUGAGCGUGAUGUCAGUGUACGACAGAGAGCCGCCGAUUUAUUGUAUGCUAUGUGUGACAAGAGCAAUGCUGAAGAAAUUGUAUCCGAAAUGAUAGUAUACUUGGAACAUGCGGAUUACUCUAUCAGAGAGGAAAUGGUUAGCAUUUUAAGGCGAUAUGUAACUCAAACUCGCCUUCUUAAUUAUUAUGUGUAUAAAUUUUUACCUCUGAACCAAGGCCGGAUUUUGGUGGAAAUAGUAGGGGAGGUGGAAAACAAUUUAGGGGAGGUGCAGCGGUCUAGCUCACAACCCCCAUGGAAAGCUAGGGCUUACUGUAGAUCGGACCAAAGUCAUCGACGUGACGUAUGCAUGUAGUGUACAUAUGUAUCAUAUAGUAUACAUGUGACUGUACGACUCAUCCAAUUUUGCCCUUCAUUAAAAUUACUACAAAGUUUCUUUCUAAACAUUGCAUUAAAAGGAUAUUUGACAUAAGAUGAAUGGCUAUCACUGUUUCAAUUUUACAGGAAAAAUUUUCUGAUGAAGUGUAGAUCCUAAGCAACCAUGAAAUCUUCACUUUGAUCUAUCAUUGAAACUUUCCCAAGGGUAGGUGCAUGACUUUACAGGGGAGGUGUAAAACGAUCUCAGGGGAGGUGUGCACCUCCCCGCACCUCAAAAUCGGGCCAUGCUCUGAACGAGGGGAAUUGGAACAAUGAUGCAUUAAAGGAAUUUACAUGAAACAUGGUAAUGGUAACUUCAUGAGUAGAUAUUGUCCACAAUACUUUUAAUGAGAUUAACAUGAAUAUAGCUUUGUUUCCUAUGCCUUCACAGGUUUUAAAAGUUGCGAUUCUAGCGGAAAAGUAUGCCACAGACUACGAGUGGUACGUGGAUACAAUACUCAGCUUAAUACGAGUCGCUGGAGAUUUUGUGAGCGAAGAGGUAAGGCAAUAUUCGUGCGGGAUAUAUAUACCGGGUGGACUUAGGACUUACAUCACACAUUCUACAAGGGUUUUGAAUUCUAUACAUUUAUUAGACCUUACCAGUAGCUGGUGCAAAAAAUGUAACUUUAGGUCCUCUGGCAGGUAUAUACAUACUGUACAUGAACUUGUGGUUAGAGCUCCACAACUGAUUUCUGUAGUUCAGUUGGUUUAGAGCGCUACAUCGGAAUCGCAGAUUCGAUUCCUGCCAGAGGGCCUAUAGUUGUAGAGCUGCUCCUUGUUAAUAAAUGUACAAGUGAAAUUAGUAAAUCUGAUGAGUACGCACGAAAAUGUGCAAAAGAAGGUACCUUCAAUACUGAGUAUCUAUCGAGACUCAACAUUUCUCCUUUCCUACUAAUAAGGCCAAAAAAAAUAUGUGGGUUUCCGGUUUCUUCUUAUAAAAACGUAGGUAGGGUAGGUCGGUUUUUACUUUUUUUUUUUAAACUUGUUUUUCUAAUUUUCCGAAUAAGCGGACGCCAUUUUGUUUAGUCGGUGCUUCCACAUCCAAAGAUAAAUUUUCCUAAUAUUGCCUCAAAUUUCAAUUUUCCACAAACUUUUUUCUCUAAGUGGAAACACUUACAAGCAUGAUCCAAUAAAAAAGUUUAGGGUCGGGAUUUCGACGUCCAAAAACUAGGUAGGGUUGGGAAACCGGAAACCCACAUAUUUUUUUUGGCCUAACUAGGAAAUAUUGGAACCUCUUCUAACAUGUCAACAACACCACAGUAGAUGUGUGCUGUUGGUCACACCAUUUUACUGAUCAGUAGUUUCCAGCCAAACACACAACAACCCCUUAUCCAUUGGUAAUGUUAUAUAAAUAUGUGAUGCCUUUUCAGGUGUGGUUUCGUGUGAUUCAAGUUGUUAUUAAUAGAGAUGAUAUACAAGGUUAUGCUGCCAAAACAGUCUUCGAAGCGUUACAGUCACCCACAUGCCACGAAAAUAUGAUUCGCGUCGGUGGUUAUAUACUUGGAGAAUUCGGCAAUCUUAUAGCUGGUGAUCACAGGUCAAGGUAAAAUAUAUAGAAAAUGUGAAUGAAAUGUGGUAAAUAAUUUUGGAAGGUUUGAAUUUCAACGCACAAUAGACUCUUUUCAUGAUCAUCAUAUAACUACAACUACCCACUGUAGAGUUGUACUUUUAGUGCGAAGUUUCCAUAGGAACUGCAUUGCUGUGUGCGGCAAGUUGAGACGAGGCAUGUAUUCAUACAUCUGUCCAUCUACCUAUUCAUACAUACAGGCAGAGAGUAAACUUCCGGGGGGUGCUGUGACGGUUAUCAACUAAAUAUCGCAAUAUUUUGUUUGUUCAAGAUGUGAUUGGAGCGUUGUAGCAAAGAUUCCCCGUUUGGGGUUCGACUUUAUAAAAAGUGUAUUCUAGCCAGGAUCCUUUAGUCUUUCACCCUGUAAUGUUGUAUAUGUAAGUAAUGUAGAUCUUGUUAAAGUUGAGGCAACACUUUAACAGCCCCAUCUAUAUUUUUAGUCCAAUGGUCCAGUUUAAUUUGCUUCACAGCAAGUUUCCAUUGUGUUCAUCUUCCACGCGGGGUCUUUUACUAUCGACGUAUGUGAAAUUCAUUAACCUAUUCCCGGAAAUUAAACAACAAAUACAAGAGGUAUGCAACUUAGAUGCUAUUAUUCCCCAAUAUUUUAGUGGAGUAGUAUGUUAGAAACUGAAAUUGAAGCCAAUAAAUUGGAACGUUUGUCUCAAUGGUUCCGUAUUGGUGAUGCCCCGGAUAUCCAUUGAUCUGUCGUAUAGAGGAGUAGACAAUUUUUAAACUGAAGAUUAGGCAAUGUUUAAUAGAUAUUGAUAGUGAAGGCUGCAGUUCAUGCAGUUUUGGUAACUAAUCAACCACAUUACAAUUGCUGCGCACAAAAAGGGAUGUUUAAAACGCGAUAUGAGGUCAUAGGGGGAAUGUGUGAAAUGUGAUUUAUGAAGUACAAAACAAUUUACUCAACGCUAAAAUCCUUUCCGGACUGUCUCGGUCACUACUACAAUGACUAUAUCAUGCAUGACUGAUUUCACUGAUUAGCAUUUCAUGCAAAGUUAAAUUUGUUCAUGUUUAUAUCUACAAAAAAAUGCAAGUUUUUAGUGGUACGGUUUAUGGAAAUGUAACUACCUGAAAAAUACAAAGAAAAAUUCUACGUUUCGAGCGAAGGCCCUUCGUCGGGAAGCGAGUAGCUAAUUAACUCCCGAAUUUCUCCUUGUACCUUUCAGGCAGUUAAAUCUCUAUCAACCGAAGGUAUCAGUCAAAGGCUACUAUGGCAAAAACGUCCAUGUUUCUCUCCAUAAUAUCUUGAAGAACGUGAUAAUUUAUUUGACCACCAGCCUCAAUUUAGCCCCAUCUAAUAAGUCUUCGCCUAGCUUCAUGCAGUGGCCAUUUAAAAAAUUACUUUUUUGUCAAGUAUUAAAAAUGUCGCAUGCUUAUGCUCCCUAUUCACUGACCAUUGUUAAACCAAUUUCCCCAUGCACCUAUAUACACUUUUUGGCAGUUAUCCAUUUCUGAAACUUUCUUGGAUAUAAUAUGUUGUUUUUUGUAGAUUCUGCAACAGAACAGUAAUUUACGCAGCAGUGAUGCAGAAAUCCAACAACGUGCUUUAGAAUAUUUCCAGUUGAGCUCCAUUGCAACCCAGGAUGUCCUGGUAAGAUAACCUUGUUAUAUACAGCAGGGCUCAUUGAUAUUUUUAGUGCCUGCAAGCAAAAUUCAUAACUUCAAAAUGUGCCUGCAACAAUGUAUCAUAUUUAAGUUUUGUGAGCUAAAUAUUGUUAACACGCAAUUAUUAAAACAUGACUGCGCAAAUUCAAAAGGUGCGGCUCCGCAUUUUAAUGAUGUCUGUUGUACAGUAUAGAAUCAUCAAAGUGAGAAAGCUGUAUUGACUCGAUAUUGAGUUCUUAGCUCGAAACAAGUACGUUGCAUUUUGUCCGUCAUUGCUUUCUAAUGUCAUGCAGAUCAAGGCUACAUGCAGGAUUGCAUUUGCCUUUUUUGACUCGCGAUAUCUGUGAGUCUUUGUAGAGUGGAUCGAUAUCGCAAAUACCGAAUACCGAUAUACCGCAUCAGAAUACAGGUAAAUUCCGGUAUUUUUAACGUGUUUUUUUUAAGCCUGUAUUUUUACUACUUGGCCUCCUGUAAACAUAGUCCCUAAACAUAAUUCGACUGCUCUGGUCGGGAACCAGAUCGAUAAGAUAUAUGAUGAAACAAACUUUCAAAGUAUUCCAACCCGAAUUACUACGCGGUGGCCUCUUAAUCGAAAGACUACUCGUAGCCGAAAAUUGUAUAGAAAGCAAAUGUCUGACAGGCAGGGUUUUGUCCGGUUCCGAUAUUCAACCAAACCGAUUGGCAUCAAUACCUAGAUUAUGUCUCGGAAAUAAUGCGUCAAUAAAUAAUAAUGACAUUAACUGUAAUUUGAUCCAAAUUCCGGUGAUGACCUCGGCCGAUGUCAACAAUAACAGAAAUAAUGUGAGACAAACUUUAAUGAAAUGUUGUGUUUUAAAUGCCCAGUCGUUGCGAAAUAAAUCUGUUGACUUCGUUGACUAUGUACUUGAUUGUAAACCUGAUGUUGUUGCUGUUACUGAGACAUGGUUUACACCAAUUGACACUGCUGCAAAAAUUGAGGCUGCCCCACCUGGUUAUAAACUCUGCGAUCAUCCACGCCCCGACAGGACUGGAGGAACAGCGAUAGUUUUUCGUGAUACUCUGUGUACAACCAAGCUUCCAGCUGAUGUCUUAAAUUCCUUUGAAAACUCUGAGUGGAAGAUCGUUUCUGGAACCUUUCGUGUACAUUUUGUCGUCAUUUAUAGACCACCAUAUUCUACAAAUCACCCGGUAAUCGUGAAUGCAUUUAUUGUUGAAUUUUCGCAGUACUUGGAGACUAUUAUAAUGUCGACGGAUCCACGUAUUAUCACGGGUGAUUUCAAUAUUCAUGUGAAUUCAAAAACAGACGGUGAUAGUCUGAAGUUUGUCGAUCUGCUAUUGUCCAUGGGUUUACAGCAACAUGUCGAAUUUUCUACACAUGUUUCUGGAAACACUCUUGACCUGGUAAUUACUCGAGAGGUGGACCCUAUUUUGGGAUCACCCCCUCGUCCGGACCACCUUUUCUCUGAUCACAUGGCUAUCUCAUUUGGGCUUAAUUCUUCCAAGCCACUUCCUUCAAAGAAAUGUGUAAUUUUCAGAUCAUUGAAAUCUAUAAAUAUUACUAGUUUUAUGAAAGACCUGGGUGAAUCAAAACUAUGCCUGGAUGCUCCUACACAACUUGAUUCCUUGGUAAGGUGCUAUAAUAAUACGUUAUCUUCUGUUCUGGAUCGCCACGCUCCGCUGAAGAGGAGAAUUGUUACCUCUAGGGCUAUGGUGCCAUGGUAUGACGAGGAAAUCAAACUUGCAAAGAAGGAAAGCGGAACGGAAAUGGCGGACUACAAAAAAGACGGCAGAUUUUAA